UUCUUUGGCGUUUGGUGGGAUGUGACGGAGGGAGUUUUUGCCCGCCGCUUAGAGCUGCCGCUCGGCCCAACGUGCUGUUGGCAUCUGGGACUAAUCCCGGGACGGCCUGACAGCAGACCACUUCUGAACCUGGAGUAUGUAUGAGAGUCUCUCCCCACACACCUCUCUGUCGUCUCCGGCUACUAGACCGCUUCGUGUUCCUAGCUGAGAGGCUGUGCCUUUGUAUCGGUUUUUCCUUCCUUUCCGUAUCUUCUUUUCUCCUAGAACCUCCCCGACCGACACGACUGGGACCUGGUCUACCCGCCGGCUAUCGCUUCAUCGAACAGAGCUGGUAUAAGCGUGGUUCUGAGACACGGGUUGUCAACUGGCGCAUUGAGAUAGCUGCGCCAGCCCGGACACCCGUGGGCCGUGUUGGAAGAUGAACUCGUUGAACAUACUUUCGUCCCGAGUCAUUGGCCAAUCCUCCCAUUCAAGCCGUAACCGUCAGAGAUCACGUUCGCAAGGAGAUAUCCCACCAGUGACUGCACCGGCGGAUCUCUCUAAACUCCGGUCUUACAGCAGCCACGACUUCCAUUCGGCAGACGCUUUUGAGAAGAGUAGCGAUGAUGGUUCUGGGUUAACACAUGAAGAGGACCAGUUUGGUCUUACGUUCGAUGAGAAAUCACCACUGGUACGAGGGCUUCAAAAGGACGGGUCAUUCGCUACCAAAAGUACACUAGGUCUUGUUGCACAGCGGUUUUUCGACGCAGUUGCCGAAGCAAUCAAGUUCAUCUUGUCCACUUUGGCCACACCCGGUAUAUUUGCCAUCCAAUGCUUUCGUGAGGAUGACGGGCGAUAUUCCCCCAUAGCUCCUGCGAGGAAGUUGGGGCGAUUUCUGUUCGGUUCCUCUGCCAGCAGCGCAAGCACGUCGGCGAAAGACGUCAAACGGACGGAAAGUAGACGACGGCAGGGCUCCACGCGAAAAUUGAAAAGCCACAGGUCACGAGAUUCUAUUGCCUCGAGCGCUUCUGAAUCCGAGGGUGAUCGGAAGGCUCUCAGGGGCUCUCCAGGUAACAAGAAUCGAUCUUCGAAAGCUAAAUCCUCCAAGUCGGACCAGAUGUCGGAUGAGAGCACUCCUCGCCGUUCCAUACGGAUCAAGCUCCAUAACGAAGAAGCUCUAAAGCGACAAAGGCAGCGCCGAUCACAGAGUGUGGACCUCGAUCAACCGUCAGAAACCGGGAAUGUAAAUCCAGAUAGCCUGAAAUCGCCAACGUCUUCAUCUAUUCACAAGGCCACAAGGUACCCUCAUUCGCCUGUGCCUCCUCGGCCGCUGAUCCCACCCCGUUUGCCAUCCUACGCUGCCACUUCGCGCGCACAUAGGGCUCCUCAAAAGACCUUGAUCCUUGAUUUGGAUGAAACCCUCAUCCACUCACUGGCCAAAGGAGGACGCAUGUCCAGCGGCCACAUGGUUGAGGUUAAACUGGCCGCGCCAAUGACGACUGCUCUCAGCCCGGGGGCACCGCCGACGACGUUAGGACCGCAACACCCCAUCCUGUAUUAUGUGCACAAACGACCCCAUUGUGAUGAAUUUCUGCGCAAGAUCUGUAAAUGGUAUAAGCUGGUUAUCUUCACUGCCAGUGUUCAAGAAUAUGCCGACCCCGUGAUCGACUGGCUGGAGCAAGAGCGAAAGUACUUCCAUGCGCGGUAUUACCGCCAGCAUUGUACUUUCCGGAAUGGUGCCUAUAUCAAGGACCUGAGCUCGGUGGAGCCUGACUUGAGCAAAGUGAUGAUCUUGGAUAACAGUCCUAUGAGUUAUAUUUUUCACGAAGAUAAUGCGAUUCCCAUUGAGGGCUGGAUCAACGACCCAACGGAUAACGGCCUCCUCCAUCUCGUUCCUCUGCUAGAAGCUUUGCAAUAUGUGACCGACGUACGUGCGUUUUUGGCGUUACGUAGAGGGGAAACAGAAGCAUAGCCUAGGAGGGGAUGGACAUGGGCUCCCAAAUAGAAUCCAUGGAACAAUAAAAACAGUCCUAUGAAGCACCGCGCGUAUACAACCUGGUGGAAGUUUUAUAAUGCAUCCAUAGCCGUUGUGAUGUGACUGUAAAGACAACUGGCCAGCAUCAUAAGUGCCAGUAGCAUUGCCACUUCAUGCCCUCCUCUUUUCACUUAUCAUUGUCACCCCUAC